CGUGGCCAUAGUCUAUUUGUGAAGAUCUACGGAUCGCAGCUGGAGUCGACAGAAGAAACCUUAUAUAACGCGUGUGAGGAAGAGUUUUGCAUAAAUUGAGUCUGAGUGAUAAUGACCAGCUAUACUGACAAAGGAUCCAAACCAGAAGCCGGAAAAUUCUUAAGCUUUGAUCAUCUAACGUUUUACGUUGGCAACGCCAAGCAGGCGGCCAGCUAUUAUACGACCCGAUUGGGCUUUGAACCACUUGGCUAUCAGGGAUUGGAGACGGGCGAGAGACGCUAUGCGAAGCAUGCUGUGCGCCAGAACAAGAUUGUCUUUGUGUUUGUAUCGGCGUAUGAGACCGAUAACGAGGAGCAUGGCUUGCACUUGAUGCGCCACGGUGACGGUGUCAAGGAUGUGGCCUUCGAAGUGGAGGAUUUAAAUGCAAUCUUUAACCUGGCGGUUUCCCGUGGCGCUGAAGUUGUGCGCGACAUUUGGGAGGAAAGCGAUGACCAGGGCUUUGUGAGAUUUGCCACCAUUAAGACGUACGGCGAUACGACUCACACUUUCGUGGAGCGCAAUGGUUAUAAGGGCGACUUUUUGCCCGGCUAUCAGCGUGGCAUCAAGGAUGUGCUGCUGGAGCAUCUGCCGCCGGCAAAGUUGAACUUCAUUGACCACGUGGUGGGCAAUCAGCCGGACUUGCAAAUGGAGAGCGUGGCUGCUUGGUAUGAGCGCAUUUUGCAGUUCCAUCGUUUCUGGUCUGUGGACGAUUCUCAGAUACACACGGAAUACUCGGCGCUGCGGUCCAUCGUCAUGGCCAACUAUGAGGAGACUGUGAAGAUGCCCAUCAACGAGCCAGCCAAUGGCAAAAAGAAGUCCCAGAUUCAAGAGUAUGUGGACUACUAUGGCGGAGCCGGUGUGCAGCACAUUGCGCUCAAUACAGAUGAUAUUAUUGGAGCUGUGACUAACUUGCGGGCACGCGGCACGGAGUUCUUGACCAUUCCUCCGUCGUACUAUGAUAUACUGCAGGAGCAGCUAUCGCACAGUCGCACUAAAAUUAAGGAGGAUAUGGAAAUACUGAAGAAACUGAAUAUUUUGGUUGAUUUCGAUGAGAAUGGUUACCUGUUGCAGAUCUUUACGAAGAACUGCCAGGACAGGCCAACGCUCUUCCUGGAGGUCAUUCAGCGUUUCAAUCACAAUGGAUUUGGCGCCGGCAACUUCAAGUCGCUCUUCACUGCGAUUGAGAUCGAACAGGCCAAACGUGGCAAUUUGUAACUUACGAUUAAGAUGUAAUGAUAUGUUCAUAUAAAUAUAAAGCAUUUGCCAAUGGCUAUAAAAAUC